CAGCGGGGACUGAGCCGGGGAUGGGGGAGCUGCCGGGGAAGGGGUGCUGGAGGGCUCCGAGGGGCUCCCGGUGCGACCCCAGUGACGCUCCCGCAUCCUCGGGCGGGAAGGGCAGGCGGCUGUGGAGCCCCCGCAGCAGCGAUGGAGCCCCGCUGCCCGCCCUGGCUGCAGAGCUUUGCCCGGCCGUGCCGCCUCCUGCUCCACGCGCUGGCCUCCGGCCCCGCCGGGGCACUCGCCGCCCUCCGGAUGGUGCAGCGGGACCAGCCCCGCGAGGGACCGGGACAGGCGUUCCCCUGGCAGGCCCUCACCGCAGCCCUGUGCGCCGAGGAGCCCGUGCUGGAGGAGCCACAGGGCGUCCUGGCUGUCAAGCCACGGCUGCUGCUGCUGCCUAUCAUGUGCCAGAGAAACUUCUUCUCCCUGCUCCUCGUGAUGCGGGAUGCAGUACCAGGGGGCUGCCUUGGCCAGCUGCUCCAGGCCAUGGAACAGGAUUCCCAUGUGGAUCCCUGGAUGCGGACGCUGGGGGAUCUGCUCCGGCAGGGAACAAGAACAGAAGAGCGCUUCCCAUCUCCCACUCCACUCUCGUCUACAUGCCAGCAGCAGCUUAGGUGCCUGUGCCAGAAAAUUGCCCAGAACAAACCAGAGGGGCAAAGGAAAUUGAACUGGUGCUUUAGGAAGCAGCCUGGUGCCACUGGAGAUGUGGCUGACUCUGUGCCUCAAGGUGGAAAGCGCAAGAAAGUGUUGGAGGAGGGAGCGGAGUUGAUCAGUGACAGAGAGAGGAAGAGGUUGCUGCUGGAGGAGGUGGUGUUUGACCCUCUGGGACCCCAGGAAUGUGGGGAUGUGACAGGGAUAGAAGAGGAGAUGCCUGAGGAGCCUUCAGUGGAUACAUGUGCUGAGGGCACAGAUGGGGCUGCUCCAGACAGCUCCCAGCAGGAUGCAGUUGGGGAGCUCAGGAAGAGUCCCGAAACAGAGCUGCCAGCAGAGGCUCAGUUCUUUCUCCAGAUGCAUGGACAGAAGCUGAAAAUGCUGCUGCUGCAGGAGUCCAGCCACUCUGAGCUGAGCAUCCCGCCUGAGCUUUGCAUCCUGAACAACUGCUCCCCCAGCCAGCUUGAAGGACUGUGCUCCUUCCUCCAGCUGUCUGUGUGCCCAGAGCCCUUCCUGGGGCGUUUCUGCAGGUGGCUGCUGGCUCUCACCCCUGACCUCAGCUACACCAGCGCGGCCAUCCUGGCAGAGCAGCUCUUCCUCAGGCGAGUCCUGUCCCUUACCCAGCCACCUUCCCGACACCUCAUGGCUGCCCUCGCUUCAUUUUGCUCCAAGUAUUCCCAGCCCUUCUGCCAUGUGCUGGUGGCUGCGGUCCUGCAGGAGCCAGGGGAAGGUGCUGAGCAGACCAAGCUGGUGUGUGAGCUUGUGGAGGAGUGCCUGGAGCCACACUGUGUGCAGCUGGUGCUAAGCCAAGUCUUGGAGAUGCCUUUGUCAGAGAAGCUCCUGCCGGUAGUGCAGGCCGUUCUGGGGCGGCAGGAGGUGUUGCCCCCGGAGCUCUUGGAUCUCCUGGUCCUGACGCUGUGCCGGCAGGCCUCAGCCUUUGCCACAUCACUUGACUAUGCUAAGCUGGUGACGGCCAUGCUUACCAUGUACCAGAGCCAGGUCACCCCAACUCACCGGAGCAAUCUGGCUGCCGCCCUGGAUCAGAGCAAUGCAGCUCUGAAGAAAUCACUGCAGGCUGUGCUGGAAGGGGCCAGAUGAGGUGACCACCAAAGGGAACUGCGAGGUGACAGGUUCCUUGCAUAGAGAACACUCAUUGCGUAGUGGCAGCUGCAGCCCACCCUGCACUGGGUUUCCCCCAAUGGGGUGGAACCCCACAGAUGGUGUCUGUGCCCCACAGAGUAUCCAAAGCCUCACGGCAGCAUCUGAUGUGAGGGUACUAUCACUGGGCAGCGCCAUCCCAGCCUCCCACAUCCCCGGAGCUCGGAGGUGAGGGCUCUUGUUUGAACAAUUAACGUGUUUCCAGGCUCUCCCUUCGGCCCGCCGCACUCAACAUGGCGGCCCCCGCCCAGCCGCACUCAACAUGGCGGCCCCCGCCCAGCCGCACUCAACAUGGCGGCCCCCGCCCAGCCGCACUCAACAUGGCGGCCCCCGCCCAGCCGCACUCAACAUGGCGGCCCCCGCCCAGCCGCACUCAACAUGGCGGCCCCCGCCCAGCCACACUCAACAUGGCGGCCCCGCCCCGCCCCUCCAAGGAUGCCGGCCGGGUGGGGCUGUUGGGGCUGAGUUCGCAGAUUCUGAGUUAUUAAUGUCCAAAACACAUCGCUGAACCAGGACAGAUAUUGAUUUGAGGCUCUGUGAGGCUAAUAAUUCUGGACCUAAUUCACUAUCCUGAUUUUACAUUGUCACAUUCCAAGGCAGAAGCUCUGCACGUGUCAGCGUUCCUCUCCGAGAGCUGAGCUGGUUUCGGAGCAGUGUGGCGGUCUGCUGCGCUGCGUAUCUGAUCGGCUGGGAUUUACAGAUUUCUGGGUUCAGGAGAGUGGGACUUAGCUGAAGAGCUGGGAAACUUGAAUUUUCUGCUUUAAAUCCACAUUUUUUUCCUGUUUGCUAGGGACCCUGCUGUGUGUGACAUAUUUCCAGGGAUGAUGACACUUCCCGUUGCAGGAUGUUUAAUGAUACUCUAAUAAAAAGUGCUUCUAUAGUGUGA